GUGCGUGUGUGUGUGUUUGUGCGCGCGGGAGGGGGGUAAAACUCGACUAGGGGGGCACUCGGCAGUUGGCACCCGCUUUGCACCCCUAGUCAAAGAGGUGGAUUUAGGAAGAAAAUAAUCCAAACCUGGGACGUGGAGAUAAACCACAGCAACAAAAAGAUAGGCAUACGCAUUUGAAAAAUCACGGUUCGCGUUCAAACUUUUGUUCUUUUAUGGCGAUCGACAGCAUGCGAAUGAUUUGAAAACGGAAUAUCGACUUGCAAAAACAAGAAUGCAGCAGUGGUUUGCUCAGUGAAGUGACUACGUUUUUACCCAAAUAACAUUUCGGAUUAUUCUACACUUUUAUUGCAUGGAUGCAACAUAAGCCUCUUUGGAAGGGAAACAGCAUUUUAAGGUGCCCCCACGUCUGCCCCCCAUAAACUUAUUUCUCGGAGGGGGGCAGUUUAAAAAAAGACAUCUCACACCACCAAAAGUGCCAAGACGUCCCGUGCGAAGACCCCUGCCUCCUUCUCGUGGGGCCUCGGCUCUCCAGCCAGGUCAAAGGUCGUCCCCGGAGCAAGAUGGCUGCCGAGGGUCCACCUUGCCUCUCUCUGCCCUCCCUGCUCCUGCUCAGUCUGCUGCUGACAUGCUGCCAUGCCUUAUCGCCUCCAAGGUUUACUAAAGUUCCCGUUGACCAGAUCGGCGUAUCCGGGGGUGUGGUCUCAUUCGUGUGCCAGGCGACAGGAGAUCCUAAGCCCCGGGUAGGCUGGAACAAAAAGGGGAAAAAAGUUAACUCCCAGCGCAUUGAGACUAUAGAGUUUGAUGAGGGAGCCGGGGCUGUGCUUCGGAUCCAGCCUCUACGAGCGCCACGGGACGAGAACAUAUACGAGUGCGUGGCGGAGAACAGUGAGGGUGAGGUCAAUGUCAACGCCAAGCUGUCUAUCAUCAGAGAGGACCUCCUCCCGGCAGGAUUCCCCAACAUAGACAUGGGUCCCCAGCUCAAGGUGGUAGAGCGCACCCGUACCGCCACCAUGCUGUGUGCUGCCAGCGGCAACCCCGACCCAGAAAUCACCUGGUUCAAGGACUUCCUUCCCAUAGACCCCAACUCAAGUAACGGGCGAAUCAAACAGCUGCGCUCAGAAGCCUUUGAGGGUACCCCCAUCCGAGGUGCCCUGCAGAUCGAGAACAGCGAGGAGACAGACCAGGGGAAGUACGAGUGCGUGGCUUCUAACGUGGAAGGAGUGCGCUACUCGUCCCCCGCCAAUCUAUAUGUGCGAGAGCUUCGAGAAGUGCGGCGCGUGCCCCCUCGCUUCUCCAUCCCGCCCACCAGUCAUGAGAUCAUGCCGGGCGGCAGCGUGAACAUUACCUGCGUGGCCGUGGGCUCGCCCAUGCCCUACGUCAAGUGGAUGAUCAACUCUGAGGACCUGACGCCGGAGGACGAGAUGCCCGUGGGCCGGAACGUUCUGGAGCUCAACAGCGUGCGGGAGUCAGCCAACUACACUUGCGUGGCCAUGAGCAGUCUGGGCAUCAUCGAGGCUGUGGCACAGAUCACCGUCAAAUCUCUGCCCAAGCCCCCGGGGGCCCCCUUGGUGACAGAGACCACUGCCACCAGCGUCACCAUCACCUGGGACUCUGGCAACCCGGACCCGGUUUCCCACUACAUUAUCCAGUACCGGGCCAAGUCUCCUGACAGCAAGUUCGAGACGGUGGAUGGGAUCACCACCACACGGUACAGCAUCGGGGGCCUCUACCCCAACACUGAGUACGAGAUCCGCGUCUCGGCCUUCAACACCAUCGGCCAGGGCCCCCCCAGUGACCCGGUAGAGGCCCGGACGGGGGAACAGGCCCCGGCCAGCCCGCCCCGAAACGUCCAGGUCAGGAUCAUCUCCCAGACCACCAUGAUGGUGCGUUGGGACGAGCCGGAGGAGCCCAACGGGCAGAUCAGAGGGUACCGGGUGUACUACACCAUGGACCCAUCCCAGCCCAUGAACAUGUGGCAGAUCUCCAACGUCCAGGACAGCAUCAUCACCACCAUCAAGAGUCUGGUGGCGUCUGAGACCUACUCCGUCCGUGUCCUGGCCUUCACCUCAGUGGGCGACGGGCCCUUUUCUGACCCCGUCCACGUCAAAGUUCUGCAAGGAGUCCCUGGGCAGCCUACUAAGUUCCAGGUUGGUGCUGUGUCUGACACAAGCAUCGAGUUGACUUGGGAGCCGGCCUACGAUAAGGAGGGGAUCGUCAGUUAUGAGCUCCGGUACAAAGAGGGCAACUCGGGCAGCCAGGUAACAAAAACAUUCAACCCCACUUCCGCGUAUGUGGUCGAGGGUCUGCGGGCAAACACGGAAUACCACUUCAGUCUGGCCGCCAUUUCCAACAAAGGCAUAGGAGCCUUCACCAACGACAUAUCUCAGAAAACAUUGCAAGCCAAGCCCUCAGCCCCCCCUCAAGACAUUAAGUGCAGCAGUUCCAGCUCAACCGCCCUGCUGGUAAGUUGGAGCCCCCCACCUGUGGAGAGCCAGAAUGGCGCCCUGGCGGGGUACCUGGUGCGCUACCAGGUGGUGGGAGCCUCCGUCGAGGGCGGUGGCGUUGGGGAGCCUAUGGAGGAGCCGGCCGUGCCACCCAGCGAGGGGCGGCUGCUGCUGCAGAAGCUGGAAAAGUGGACCCAGUACCGCAUCACCCUGGCCGCCUUCACCGAGAUCGGGCCGGGCCCGGAGAGUGAGCCCCUGCUCUGCCGCACCGACGAGGACGUUCCCGGGGCCCCUCCACGGCGGGUCGAGGUGGAGGUGCUCAACUCCACGGCGAUCAAGGUCAUGUGGCGCUCUCUGUUGCCGGGGCGACAACACGGCCAGAUCCGUGGUUACCAGGUGCACUAUGUGCGUGUGGAGAACGGGGAGUCCCGUGGCCUGCCCCUCAUCAAGGAUGUGAUGCUGGCCGAUGCCCAGUGGGAAACGGACGACACAGCUGAAUACGAAAUGGUCAUAGGAGGGCUCCAGCCUGACACCACCUACUCCAUCACAGUGGCUGCCUACACCACCAAGGGAGACGGAGCUCGAAGCAAACCCAAACUGGUGGUGACCAAAGGAGCAGUCCCCGGACCUCCCUAUCUGUCGGUGGCUCAGGACUCGGAGACAUCAGCCAUGGUGCGCUGGGACCCCCCCGAUGUCCUGAUCCAAGGUGUGGGCCUACAGGGGUACCGGCUCCAGUUUGGUCGUAAGGACAUAUCCCCGCUGGCGACCCUGGAGUUCACCCCUCAGGAGAGGCAGUAUACGGUGGCCAACGUCCACAGGGGCGCCACCUACCUCUUCAAAGUCCAGGCCAAGAGUCGGGGUGGCUUUGGGGAGGAGGCCACAGCCGAGCUGCAGGUGCCUGAGCACACCCCACAGGGGUACCCCCAAAUCAGCGAGAGCUCCAACGUGACCUGCUGCUCCGUGGAACUGGCGUGGUCGCCCCCGGUGCUGGCGGAGCGUAACGGGGACAUUACGGAGUACACGCUGGCGUACCAGGAAGCGGGCACGACGGGUGCGCCCCGGGAACUCAGCCUGCCCGCCAGCCAGUCCAGCUAUGUGCUCAGCAGCCUCAAGCCCAAUUCGGCGUAUGACGUGAAAAUACGCGCUCACACCAGUGUAGGUCCAGGGCCCUUCAGCCCGCCGGUCCAGUAUCGUACAGUGGCGUAUGACACAGAUGUUCCGAAGAACUUCACGGUGAAGUGGGUCACCAAGACGACAGUGUUGCUAACGUGGAAGUUUGCAGAGAGGCGCUUCCCAUUCCGGUGCACGAUCGAGUAUAAUCGUCAGAAGAUGGAUGUGGACGCCCGACUGACCAAGGCACUAGUCACCGGCCUGCGGCCAAACACCACCUAUGAAUUCAGGAUCAGUUGUCAGGACAACACAGAGGGUGCACCUCGCCACCGUGUGGUCGCCAGGACCGCCCCGCCCAUUUUGGUGAAGAAGCCCAGGCUGGACCUCUACUCUGAGCCGGACAACAUCCUGACCAUGGGCUUCGCUCCGGUCGACGGCAAGGACAUUAAGAUCUUCUAUGUGGUGGUGGUUCCAAUAAAGAAGGGCUCAGGGACUGUGCGACAUCUGAAGAACCCGGACGAGAUGGACUUGGAAGAGCUCCUCAGGGACGUGACCCCUAAGCGUCGAACUCGGCGCCAGCUCGGCCCGGCGGACAGCAGGAAGCCCUACAUAACCGCCUGCUUCAAGCAGCUCCCCGCCUCCUUCACCCUCGGGACGGACCACCGCCAGAGCAGCUGUGAGAACAAGCCUCUGGAGCCGGGCCAGGAGUACGUCUUCUUCCUGCUGGCCGAGCUCAACACCACCGCCGGGAAGACGUUUGCCGCCAGCCCGUACACAGACUCAGUAGUGACCCCCGAGACAGAGGGGGACCCGACGCCGGCGGAUAACGGCGGGGACGGCCUCAUCUGGGUGGUGGGGCCUGUGCUGGCCGUGGUCUUCAUCAUCUGCAUUGUCAUCGCCAUCCUCCUCUACAAGAACAGCAAACCUGACAGCCGCAAACGAAAAGAGUCAGAGCCCAGAACCAAAUGUCUGUUAAACAACGCGGAGAUCGCCCCCCCUCACCCAACAGACCCUGUGGAGAUGAGACGCAUCAACUUCCAGACCCCAGAUUCUGGUCUAAGCAGUCCUCUAAGUGAAGCAGAUUUUGACUAUGAAAGUAUGAUGAAUCAUCCGCCCAUUCCCAUCGCGGAGCUUCCUGAACACACAGAUCUCCUCAAAGCCAAUGACAACCUGAAGCUUUCCCAAGAGUACGAGUCCAUCGAUCCCGGCCAACAGUUCACCUGGGAGCACUCCAACCUGGAAGUGAACAAGCCCAAGAACCGCUACGCUAACGUGAUCGCCUAUGACCACUCUCGUGUCAUCCUCACACCCAUCGAAGGUAUCACAGGCAGUGAUUACAUCAACGCCAACUACAUAGACGGCUACAGGAAGCAGAAUGCCUACAUUGCCACGCAGGGACCACUGCCCGAGACGUUCGGGGACUUCUGGCGGAUGGUGUGGGAGCAGAGAGCAGCCACGGUGGUCAUGAUGACCCGGCUGGAGGAGAAAUCCCGGAUCAAGUGUGACCAGUACUGGCCCAGUCGAGGCACCGAGACCUAUGGCAUGACCCAGGUGACGCUCCUGGACACCAUUGAGCUGGCCACCUUCUGCGUUCGCACCUUCUCACUGCACAAGGUACGAAAUGGUUCCAGUGAGAAGCGUGAGGUCCGUCAGUUUCAGUUCACGGCCUGGCCAGACCACGGGGUCCCAGAGUACCCCACCCCCUUCCUGGCUUUCCUUCGCCGGGUCAAGACCUGUAACCCUCCUGACGCGGGUCCUAUCAUUGCCCACUGCAGUGCGGGUGUUGGAAGGACAGGCUGCUUCAUCGUCAUUGACGCCAUGUUGGAGCGAAUCAAGCAUGAGAAGACGGUGGACAUCUAUGGUCACGUGACCCUGAUGAGGUCACAGCGGAACUACAUGGUGCAAACGGAGGACCAAUACAGCUUCAUCCAUGAUGCACUGCUGGAGGCCGUGGCAUGCGGAAACACAGAGGUGGCGGCCAGGAGCCUCUACUCCUACAUCCAGAAGCUGGCCCAGGUGGAGACGGGCGAACACGUCACUGGGAUGGAGCUGGAGUUCAAGCGUCUGGCCAACUCCAAAGCCCACACAUCUAGGUUCAUCAGUGCCAACCUGCCCUGCAACAAGUUCAAGAACCGCCUGGUGAACAUCAUGCCCUAUGAGACCACCCGCGUCUGUCUGCAGCCAAUCAGGGGCCUUGAGGGCUCAGACUACAUCAACGCCAGCUUCAUCGACGGAUACAGGCAACAGAAGGCCUACAUCGCCACACAGGGUCCGUUGGCAGAGACCACUGAGGACUUCUGGCGGAUGCUUUGGGAGAACAACUCCACCAUCAUAGUGAUGCUCACCAAACUCCGAGAGAUGGGGCGGGAGAAGUGUCAUCAGUACUGGCCCGCGGAGCGUUCGGCCAGGUACCAGUACUUUGUGGUGGACCCCAUGGCUGAGUACAACAUGCCCCAAUACAUCCUCAGAGAGUUCAAAGUCACUGACGCCCGGGAUGGCCAGUCGAGGACGGUGAGGCAGUUCCAAUUCACAGAUUGGCCGGAGCAGGGCGUGCCCAAGUCAGGAGAGGGCUUCAUCGACUUCAUAGGCCAGGUGCACAAAACCAAGGAGCAGUUUGGCCAGGACGGUCCCAUCUCUGUCCACUGCAGCGCGGGGGUUGGCCGGACCGGCGUAUUCAUCACGCUCAGCAUUGUGCUGGAGAGGAUGCGCUACGAGGGUGUGGUAGACAUCUUCCAGACGGUGAAGAUGCUGCGAACACAGAGGCCGGCCAUGGUGCAAACAGAGGAUGAAUAUCAGUUCUGCUACCAGGCGGGUCUGGAGUACCUAGGAAGCUUUGAUCACUAUGCAACGUAAAAAGCCAUCUCGUCUCCCAAAUCCUGUGUCCCCCUCAACAGUCUCCUGAGCCAUAGAAACUUGCUUGAAAUUUGAAAUGACGACAACAACAACAAUCAGAAAACAAAAUUCAGCCAACAGGAAAGCAAAACUAGUUCUAGAUUUUAUUUUGUAAGAAAUAAAUUGAAAUCACCAACUAUUCCAAUUGGACCCAAUGGAUUUAGAUGCCAGUGAGGAAAGUAUAAUGGAUUCAAUCAGAAAAACAAACUGACAUUCUCACUGGGAAGAAAUAAACCAAAAGAGUUGGCUCAAGCUGUGAGGUUGAAAUAAUCAAAAUGUCAGACUGCUAACCUUACCUCAAGUGUUCAGAUGUGGAGGUGGACAUUGUAAACAUGUUGUGGACAUCUAUUUCAAAAAAUAACUACAUACAAACUAUAAAGUUCCCAGUGGGUAAAGGAAAAGUGACUAGGUGAAAAUGUCAGAGGUAAAAAAGCAAAGGGGUUGAGAAAAUUGUAAACAGGAUGUAUCAUUGAUGGUUCAACCGUUCUCCCUUUUUAACAUGUAAGUGCAGAGCUUAAGAGUUACUAGUUGUUUCUUCACGCUUCUGAUGGUAAAACUGUAUGCAGAGGACUGUCCCCAAAAUACCAAGAAACAUGAAGAGACAAACACAGCAUGUCAACGACACUGGCAAGAGGAGUCAACUCACAUUCAGUAGCCAUUGCCACUCUCCUCCUCUGGACAGAUAACUGUUACUGCCCUUUGUUCUGGUGUGAUCUUUCAAACUCUUCAAAUGUCCGUCAUACCAACAGAAAAAAUACCGGUAUUCCCUAAACUAUAUGGGCAAAGACGGGCCUCUGCAGUAGUCUGGGGAAAAAUAAGGACAGUUGUUUUAAAGGGACGGCCAACAGUAGAUUUCGUCAAAUGCCAAUUCAAUCAACUUACUGUAUUCCUUCAGCACUUGAAGUGCAGUAUUUUUUAGUUUUUUUGCUCGAGGACAAACUCCAACCCACUCUUAGCCUCAGUCACCAUGGAAACAAAUGACCGCUCUUUUAAGACCAGAGAUAGGACAACCUUCUCCAGUGACUUCACGAUCGCUCUUCGUCCGGGACCACUGGUACAGUAAUUUGCUCUUCGUUCAGGACUAGUUGUACCAUUAUUUACGGGUGCAGUGUCUGUCCACUAUUGUGAACGGGGAGCCUGCGUUUGCUUUAGGCUAAAGGACGAUUGGGUACGCCACGUGACGUCAGGUUCACGGUUAUUGUUUAAUGUGGGGCCUCUGCUCUUUCUUCAAACUUGUACAGUGACCAACAACCCAUUGUAAUCAUUUGAUACUUUUGUCUUACAAUUUUACUUGUAUUUCUGGGGGGGGUCCUGUCAAUACCAACAUGCUGCUUAUUCUCCUGUAUGCUGUAGGUGUGACUUCUUUUGGUAUGACAAUGGGGGUGCCUGGCCGGGUGCGUACUUGGCGUUCUGGCGGCUGUGAAUGAAAGUGCAUCCACGUCAUUGUUCCCCACCCAUCCAGUCUCAGACUCCUCUGUGCCCGCCGUCUUACUAGACUUUAAUGUCCCAACCUUGACUAAAAGAGAGUGACCUGUCCUCUUGCAGUUGUGGCGCAAACCAUGGAAGGAAAGGGGUUUAAAGUGGUGAGGAAUUGAGUUGAUAAUCCUGAGAAAGAUCCCUGUCUCUUCCUCCUCCACCUGUUGGUCAAAAGGCCUCUUUGGAUAAUUGGAGAAACAGUGGCCAUGUUGGAUUCAUGAGUUCUGAUGUGAAAAUUACAAAUGACUUGCAAGUCACCAAACUUGAACCAAUACCAGGGCAGAUUCUAGUACACUCUAGUACAGAUUCUAGACACUUCAUACACAAUAUGUGUCAAGUAAAAACAGGUCCUCAAAGACCCCCAUUUUAGUUUUUUUCUCAGAAGUGUGUGCUUUGGUGUAUCCAGGAGUAUGGAUUUUGUAAAGUGUACUAAAUUGGUAUGCACACUAACAGAGAUGAAAGAAGCUGUGUGUAGUUUUUCUUAUUUCCAAAAAAGCCUUAUUGUUACUGAAACAUUAUGGAAACCUUAAUGUUGUAUUAUGAUGACUUUUGUUAUUUUACUUUACAUAGCUGAUUUUUUAUUUUAUUUUUUGUUUAGUUUUUUAACAGAGAUAUUGUAUCACAUUUUUUUUAUUAGCAAGAAAAAUAAAUGCUUAUUUGUUCAUAUUAUGUUAGGAGACAAUUCUAUUUUUUCACUGUAGAAAUGUUAAGUAUAACAUGUGUUUGUGUGAAUGUGUGCAUAUAUGUAUGUAGGUAUAUAUAUCGCACAUUCACAAAUACAUAUAUAUUUAAAUGCAGAAUAUAAAGAUAUAUCCAAACUCUUAGUAUAAAUUUAGUACUUUUUUUCUCUUCCUUUUUUUUUUACCCAUAAACUUCAAACUGCUCAUGUGAUAUUAUGAUGGAUACCUUUUUGUUAUUAUUUUGUAUUAUUACUCCUGAAACAAAGAAGGUUUCUGGUAAAGCACCUGUCUUACAACCCCUUUUCAUUCCUACCACUUGGUAGACCUGUGCCGACAACAAUAUGGCAUUUUUAAUUGUCGUUCUUUAACAUUAGUUAUUAGAUUAUAUUCUGUAUUAUUUUCAUUAUUUGUAGAUUAUAUGGUCUACAAAUCAUUAACAUUGAAUCAGUACAUUUUUACCCAUUUUCAUUCAUUUGUUCUGAUCAUGUACAGGCUAAUCUUCCUCUUUCUUAGUAGUUGAUUCAUCCCCUGCCUUUAAUUUUUGUCUUUUUCACACACAAGAUCAUCCAUUUGUUAUAUAUCUACCAUUACCCAGAAUAUAAUACCUGUAAAUAAACAAAUAUAUAUAUUAUAUGUAUUUGUAUAAUUUGCCCUUCAAUGCUCUCUUAUGUCAAAUCAAAUACUGAACUGCAACAAAAAGGUUCAUUGCAACGUUCCUGGUGUUUGUAAAUCGUACUUUCUCCUUUUGUAAAAACGUUACUUCUUUCUGCUCCCCUCUUGAAACCCCCCUUUUUUUGUCUAAUCUGCCAUAUUAGUAAUUUUCCCGGCUACCCACACACAGCUAGCUUUGUCAUGAGACUGGUCUCAGCCUCUGCUACAAUUUCUUGAAAACAAAAUGGAACCUGUUCUGAAAGUGAACACCGCUUCCUCAUGCAGGUGUGGACAACUAAGGCAACAAAAGUAAUCUUCCUUUCUGAAACAAAAGCUCUAUCCUCCCAUCCCCCAAACAAGGAGAAUUGUUAGUUUGCCCAACUGCCUAAAAUACCAAAAUGCGGAUGCUCCAUUGACAGGCAGGGAUUUGCUUAGCAACUGGCCAAAGUGCAAUGACAUAGCCAUUACUGACUAAGUACCACCAACCCAUAAUCAUUAUGUGUGGUAUAUCCUUGCCCUCAAACAUUACAGGACUUGUAUAGACCAUAGAUUUAUGUUUUUUCCUUCUUUCUUCAUUUUGGCCUCAUUUUGUUACGGGAUGCAGAAUUAAUCUGGACUAAACAAGAAGGAGCUAUGCGACGCAAAGACCAGGAGAAAGGAAUACGACACAAAGAGUCGCUGUGAUUUAUUCAUUUCCAGCGUAUCCUUUAUGAACAGUGGGAACCUAGAACCAUUUCAUAUGAACUCAAUCUUGAAAUGAGGACUUUUUGUGACUGAAUUCAAAGACCGGUUAAGGGCCGAAUGCCAAAAACCAAGACCGUGGAUGUCUUUGGAUGCUUGUGUGACACGUAACUUUGACUUCAUGUAAAGAUGCCAGACGUUUGACAACAGCAGCCAAAUUACCGGAAUACUCCGCUGAUGGGGAAAAUUUAACAAAAGAGAAAAAUCUUCACAAAAGAAUAGGAUGUAUACAGCCAACAAAAAGAUAAAGAACCCAAACUCAAGCAAAAUAGUUUUUCUUUGUAUGAGGGCCAAGUGCUAUCGCUUUCAAACUGUUACUUCUAACUGAAACAAUAAUUGGUUUAAAACCACUGUGUAUGUAGAUAUGUUGACUUUGUAUUAAAGAAAUGUUGUCUGAAAACAUG